CUUACUCUUAGUGAUAGCACUUUGCUCACUACAAAGUCCGAUUAUUAUCAGCUAUUACAGCAGUCGCGACUAUUUCAAGAAAACCAGUAGUUUCUUCGAGAUGAAUAAUAACUCGAUUUCAUGCUUUUCUGAUUCCAAUUUGGCAAACCUAGAGAGAGAUCACUUGCAGGAAACAUCAUCAUCGUCAGCUCAAGAUGAAGGAGCAUUCCUACUAGCUUCGAGCCGACCCAAGAAACGUGCGGGGAGAAAGAAGUUCAAGGAAACUAGACACCCGAUUUAUAGGGGAGUGAGAAGGAGGAAUAAUAACAAGUGGGUUUGCGAGGUACGUGAUCCUAGUCAACAAAAAAGAAUAUGGCUAGGAACAUACCCUACUCCAGAAAUGGCAGCUCGAGCUCAUGAUGUUGCUGCAUUAGCACUUAGAGGUAAUCUAGCUACUUUGAAUUUCGCUGACUCUCGUUGGCGGUUGCCAGUGACAGUAUCAAAGGACCCCAAAGACUUGCGUCAAGCGGCAGUUAAAGCCGCACAAGCUUUUUCUCAAGAUCCUGAACUAGUUGGAGUCGACUAUAUGAAUGAGGAAGUUAAUUCCAGUACUGAAGAAGUAAAGUACCAAGAGGUUGUUGUUGGCGAGGCUAAUGGACGUAGUAGUGAUUUUGUGGCUAAGGAAUUGAAUAUAGAUAUGGAGAACAUUUUAUGUUGUAACUGGGGAGAAAAUAAUGAGAUGUUGGAGAUGGAAGGAUGGCGAGAAAAGAUGGCGGAGGGGCUUUUGUUUUCUCCAACUCCGCGUUUAGGCAGUUGUUUCAGUUGGGAUGAUGUGGAAAGUGACGUCGAAGUGUCUUUGUGGAGUUAUAGUAUUUGAU